UGGGGCUCCGGAUCAAAAUGGCGGCGGCCGGAGCGGGGCUGGGAGGGAGGGGGUCGUGCUGAGCGGGCAGGAGGAUGAUGAUGGUGAUGGUGGCGGCGGCGAGCGGCUGCCGGAGAAAUGGAGGAACAGAAUGCUGGACCUGGGAUUGAAGAUUUAUAAAGGAUUAUGGGAUUAUGUAUUGAAGAGCCAGCAAGCGGAAUGCCUGAGUGACUGAAGAAAAUGGGUGCUAAUGCAUCUAACUACCCUCACUCGUGUUCCCCAAGGGUAGGGGGAAGUUCACAGGCACAGCAGACGUUCAUAGGGACAUCAUCCUACUCUCAUCAAGGUUAUGGCUGUGAGUCAAAGCUGUAUAGCCUUGACCAUGGCCAUGAGAAACCUCAAGACAAGAAAAAGAAAACCUCUGGCCUUGCUACCCUCAAAAAGAAAUUCAUUAAGCGUCGGAAAUCCAGCCGAUCUGCUGAUCAUGCCAAGCAGAUGCGUGAACUCCUCUCAGGCUGGGAUGUCAGAGAUGUUAACGCAUUAGUGGAAGAAUAUGAAGGGACGUCAGCCUUAAAGGAACUUUAUCUACAAGCUAAUUUGGCAAGACCAGAAGCCAGGACGCUACAAAAAGACAUGGCUGAACUUUAUCAGUACAAAUAUUGUACUGAUGUAGACUUAAUAUUUCAAGAAACUUGUUUUCCUGUGCAUCGUGCGAUAUUGGCGGCAAGAUGUCCGUUUUUUAAGACGCUGCUUUCUUCCUCACCAGAGUAUGGGGCAGAAAUAAUAAUGGACAUCAACACAGCCGGCAUAGAUAUGCCUAUGUUCUCUGCUUUGUUACACUACCUUUAUACGGGCGAGUUUGGAAUGGAGGAUUCGAGAUUCCAAAAUGUUGAUAUCCUUGUGCAGCUUAGUGAAGAAUUUGGAACGCCAAAUUCUUUAGAUGUGGACAUGCGCGCACUGUUUGAUUACAUGUGCUACUACGAUGUGGUUCUUAGCUUUUCAUCCAACUCUGACUUAGUUGAAACUUUUGGCGGAAGUCAGAACUGUCUAGAUGAAGAGCUCAGAGCUCACAAAGCAAUUAUUUCAUCACGGUCUCCAUUUUUUCGUCACUUGCUGCAGAGGAGGAUACGAACUGGUGAAGAAAUCACAGACCGAACUCUACGAACUCCAACUAGAAUUAUAUUGGAUGAAUCUAUCAUACCAAAAAAAUAUGCUAAGGUCAUUUUGAACUGUAUGUAUACAGAUGUGGUGGACCUCUCAGUUUUGCACUCUAGCCCUUCAGUGGGCAGUUUAAGUGAAGUUCAGGCUCUUGUAGCAGGAAAACUAAGCAUGACUAGGGCUGAAGAAGCUAUGGAGCUUUAUCACAUAGCACUGUUCUUGGAGUUUAACAUGCUUGCACAAGGCUGUGAAGAUAUUAUUGCUGAGAGCAUCUCACUAGACACCUUAAUUGCCAUUCUGAAGUGGAGCUCUCAGCCGUACGGUUCCAAGUGGGUACAUCGGCAAGCGCUGCAUUUCCUCUGUGAGGAGUUCACCCAGGUCAUGACUUCAGAUGUCUUCUAUGAACUGAGCAAGGACCACCUGCUCACAGCUAUCCAGUCUGACUAUUUACAGGCAAGUGAACAAGAUAUUCUUAAAUAUCUGAUUAAAUGGGGAGAACACCAGUUGAUGAAGAGAAUAGCAGAUCGAGAGCCUAAUUUACUCAGUGGUACUGCUCACAGUGUGAACAAAAGAGGUGUGAAGAGGAGAGAUCUUGACAUUGAGGAGCUGAGAGAGAUCCUGUCUCCACUUUUACCUUUUGUCCGCAUCGAGCACAUUUUACCCAUGAAUAGUGAAGUACUGAGUGAUGCAAUGAAGAGGGGCCUGAUUAGUACUCCUCCUUCAGACAUGCUACCAACAUCAGAAGGUGGAAAGUCAAAUGCCUGGCUGCGACAAAAAAAUGCUGGAAUCUAUGUGCGGCCAAGACUGUUCUCGCCGUAUGUGGAGGAGGCUAAGAUCUUGAUGAAAUUCCACCGGAAACAAAGCAGCGUUCUGAGGGAAACCUCCCUGGUUUCCAGCCAGUUUGCCGGCCCAGCUCCUCGGCAGCCCUCCUGGCAGGCGGAUGGCAAGUCAGUGCUGGAUGAGAUGAUGGUGGAACAAACCGAUCUGGUUCGUUUGCGGAUGGUCCGAAUGUCCAAUGUGCCCGACACCCUUUACAUGGUAAACAACGCGGUGCCGCAGUGCUGUCAUAUGAUUACCCACCAGCAAGUUAGCACUAACCAGUCCAGUCCUCCUUCAGUUAUAGCCAAUGAGAUCCCAGUUCCCAAUCUCCUCGUUGUAAAAGAGAUGAUCAAACGGCUGCAGGAGCUGCGCCAUACUGAGCAGGUGCAGAGAGCGUACGCUCUUAACUGUGGAGAAGGCGCCACCGUCAGUUACGAGAUUCAGAUUCGCGUGCUGCGGGAGUUUGGACUUUCUGACGCUGCUGCUGAACUCCUGCAGAAUCCUCACAAAUUCUUUCCUGACGAGCGAUUUGGGGAUGAAAGCCCACUCCUGACAAUGAGACAGUCUGGACGGUGUCGUGUUAACAGCACUCCCACUGCAGAAACCAUGUUUACAGAACUGGACUCUUUUGUGGCCUUCCAUCCACCCUUGCCCCCUCCUCCGCCUCCCUACCACCCACCAGCAACUCCUAUUCAUAACCAGUUCAAAGUGGGCUGGAAGCAAAGGGUGCCAACUCAACAUCCCUCCCGUUCCUUUUCUUACCCGUGCAAUCACUCGCUGUUUCACUCCCGAACUGCUCCCAAAGCCGUCCCGCCUGUCUACCUGCCCAGUGCGAAGGCGGCACCUCCUGACUGCACGAACACCACGACAGGUCUGGGGAGGCAAACGGUGGCCGCAGCAGCGGCAGUGAUGGCAGCUGAGAAACAAGUAUGCACUCAGCCCUUGCUAAAUGAACUGAUGCCAGAUAUCGCCAUGGGUGUGUCAGCGAUGUCUUUAAAAGACCGAAGGUUACCGGAGCUCACGGUCGACACAGAAUUAAGCCAGACGGUUACAGAGGUGGGGCCCGGUCCACCCCAGCACAUUUCAUGUAUUCAGACCAGACACAUGCCCACUUCUCGAAAGAAACAUGCAAUAGAGCCAAAAAUAGAGGCUCGAGAAAAUCAGCAGGAAUAUCCCGACUUCUACGACUUCUCUAAUGCUGCCUGCAGACCCUCUACUCCAGCACCCAACAGGCACAGCCCUUCGCCCUCACAAGGCAUAUAUUUUGGCCCGGAUUUGUAUAGCCACAAUAAGGCAUCACCAAGUGGCUUAAAGCCAGCCUAUCUACCUUCUCAGCUAUCUCCUAAAAAGCAAGAGGAUUCUAGGAGGGAAUACCUGCUCUCCCAGAACGGGCACCAACACAGGCAAAAGAACGAGCCGAUACACCUCGAUGUCUUAGAACAACCUCCCCAGCGACUGGACUUGGCGUUGGCGACCCAGGAAAACGCUGGUAACGGCCCCGUUCACAUCAGGGGGAGAACAAAAAUGGAAACCGAUUUAACCUAUGGGCUAACCUCCAACAGACCUUCGCUCCCUGCGUACGCCUCCGACAUGCAAGAGGAGAGGCCCGGCAGGAGAGCGGCAGAUGCCGAGCCGCUGGAACACGGGGCACAGAGGAAUGCCGAGUUGGAAAGGGAAGAUGCAGUAAGCAGGGGAAGGAGGUCUCCAAACAAACCAGACUUCCUGUAUAAAAAGUCUGCCCUGUGAAAGCAGCCUCCGCUAUUUCUCUGUGCCUAAGAGUUGUUAAACACCCCCUUCCUUGCGACUUUCGGCCUGACUUCUGUCAGACACGUUCAUUCAUGCCAGCAGAUAAGUUCAGCUUCGCUCACCUCUUUUGUACAUACAUUGCUUUAUUAGAGACAGCAUGUUACCGGUUCGUUUUCAAUGCUGCUUCUGGGUUUAUUUUGUGAGACCUUUUUUUUUUGGAGCAAAUUUAAUUCAGCCUUUUUUUUUUUUUUAAAAA